UGUCGAUGUGGUGGUCGUGACCACCGUGGUGGCGAACGGAAUUGGACUUCCCACCGGGCUCGCAGCUGCUGUGGGCGGAGACGGCGCUGGCUCCGGGGGAAUCGGAGCGACAUAGACCACAGGACCGGUGGAGGGCCCUGUCGUCGUGGUUGCGGUUGUUGUGGGACCAGGGGGUCUCCACCCGAGCAUGAGACUCGCCAGGGUCUCGAUGAUGCCGUUGUAGGGCGAGUUGCGCAUGAACGGCAGGGUCUCUGAGACAAUGAGCAGAGUCCCACAUAUAGUGUUCGUAAUCGCAAGGAUAGUGGCCGGAUCCAUGUUCGCUAGCCUGCCUGUGAGCGAUCGAAAAAAAUCACUCUAAGCAAUCCGUACCAGAAUAUCAUUGACGACGACUCCCCGACAUGCCAUCCGCACCCAUAGCACUCGACGAAUCGCUCAUCGACACCAUCUGGUCUCAAUGCAUCGACAUUGACAGCGACAGCUUCAGUUUCAUCACCGAACCAGCACCACCAUCACCUUCCAAGUGCGAUUGCGACUGCGAACGCAACGGCAACACGAUCGACAACAACGGAUUCGAGGCAUGUGCGCUGUGUGGCAUCUGCUUCAACCGCCCUCUCCUUGGCGAUUCCAGUGCAUUGAUGGCUAUGGAAACCAUCCCUGCCACAUCGUACAUCCGAAACGGCGACGGCAUGUCCAAGAGAAAGCGCUACCAUCUCUGGGCCACCUUUUCCAGCUCGGACCGUCUUCGCUCCAAGUACUUGCGCGAGAUUCGUUCCCUCGGUGACAGCUUCAAGAUCCACAACCACAUCACCGAGUCGGCCGCCGCCAUCUACGUCGACACCAUGGCAAAGCUCAAACCGGGCCCAUCCAUCAAAUCCAAUCGCGACCAUGUCCUCUAUCGCGGCGACACCCGUAUCGGUAUUCAAAUCGCCUGCUUCUACUUUGCCUUUGAACGGGCCAACUCACCCAUCGGUCAGCGCGAGCUUGUCAAGCAAUUCCAUGUCCCGUUGAGAUUCCUCACCAAGGGCUGCAGCAUCCUCCUGGAUAUCCACGGCCAUCCUUCAGUCGCACCCAUGUCCGCUGCCGAUCACGCUCAGAUGUACUGCAACAAACUCGGCAUCUUUGGAGACCAGCAGCAUUACUGUCACCAAAGUGGUCAAGUAUAUUGA